ACCUUGUCGUGGUUACCGAAUUCCUCUGGCUCGCCUCCCACGGCGCGGCCGCAUCAUCGAACGACGGACUCCGUAACGGAAGACCAGGACGAGGACGACUUCGACUUCUAUACUGCACCACCACCCCACUCUCCUUGCUCGGAGGCUUCCACUUCCAGCUUUUUUUCAUCCAAUCCUCCUCCUUUCUCGUCUCUUGUUUUCGUCGCGGCGUCGGAUUCCAAUCGCGCAAAGGAUACUGUCACACCGUCCGGCUCCACCCUCACCCCAGCUCUCGUUAAUUCCCUACCCAACGAGGGUCUCAGACCGGAAUCAUCAACAUCGUUAGUUGCCGAAGUUAAAGCCUCACUCUCUCGAGACAUCAAACCAGAUUCCUCAGCGAAGGCAGCGGAAGAAGGCGAGCCUCCUCCACCAUAUACCGAAGGAUCAAGUCCACUCGAGUCUUUCACGUACGUCAUGGCUGCAGCAGGAGGCGCGUCGAGUAUCAUCACCCAGGUACAACAGGCUGGAGGGCCGCCGAUCAAUACAUUAGGAGACAUUGGUGGCGAUGAGCACAUUACUCUAGACCUUAGAGGUACUCGAUUUACACUUUCCCGCGAUGAGUUGUUGACUUUGCCGGAAUUUGUUCUUCUGUCAUUGUUUCCGAACGGCCUCCUCCCUGAUGGACAUAUGGGCACUUUCCAUGAAGGUGACAUUUACCCUGUUGACUACGAUCCGGCUUCUUUACAGUAUAUGCUGGAUUUCUUCCGCUCGGUUGCCCAGUCAAUUCCGUCUUCUUCGCCUUCCCCUUCGACCUCCCAAGAUGUGGACGUGCCCCCCGAUUCCAUGCAGGCAUCUGCCAGGGACAUGCUUCAAGAUCGGGCUGGCAUCAUUGUCUUGCGCGAAGAUUUGGACUUUUACGCGAUACCUCCUCGCCCUGACAUAGAUCAUGCACAGAUGAUGGAAGUCAAGCGCGCGGCCGCGAAAGCUUUGCUGAAGCAGGAUGGAAUAUUCUCUGGUUUGAGGAAAAGCGACGAAGCAGGUUCGACGGAACAGCAUCUGAUUGAGAUGCUUACUGCAGGCGGGUUCAAUCGUGAUGAUCGAUGGGGUCACCGUGCCCCGGAGCCUAAUAAAGCAGUCAUUUGUAGCUUGGCAUUAGCCAAGCUUCGAACUGACAUUCGAAGUGAUCUGGAGAAUAACAAUGCGGUGGGGAUGGCUCAAAAGCUCCUUCUCUUUUGGCGGAAACCAGCAAGGAGAUGUUGGUGGGAAGGCGUUGAGCUACAUGAUGUCGAAGGGGUAGACGGCAAGGUUAAAAUCUGGAUUCGGCGAGUAUGGACACUGGAAAUGGUAAGACUUUCCCGCAAAAUCCCGGAUCUACAAGAGCUUCGCUUACGAUGA